UCAAGUCUAGGGUAUGAGAGAGAGCACAUACAGUUAGUCACAGUAAAAGCUCAGUCAGUAGCUAUGUCUAGGAGAGAAAGGGUUAAACACUGAAAGACAGGGCCAAGUGGAACAUCAGUAGAAGAAGAACAUUGCAUUGUUGUCAGCAGCAGCUCAGCUGAUGUCCCCCUCCAUGAAGGUGCCACAGCUAAACACAGAGUCAGGCCAGGUGUACCUUCUAGGAAUAGAAAAAACAGAGAGAGAACAUAAAGUUAAAAGCUGAAAUAACAGCAAACAAAAAAUAAUAACAAUAACAGCAACAAAAAAUCAGAGUAGUAUAAGAAUGUAGUAGAGAGAAGAACAGUAGUCAUUAUGUCCUCCAGCAGCCUAAGCCUAUAGCAGCAUAAGUACAGAGAUAGCUCGGGAUAACCUAAGCCACUCUAACUAUAAGCUUUAUCAAAAAGGAAAGUUUUAGGCCUAGCCUAAUAUUUAUAUGCAGAAAUGCUGCUCAGAUUUCUAGCAUUUCUGUGCAGGACCACUGACCCCUGCCCUACACACAGGUUGCUGACCCCUGGCUGAUGUAACCUGUCAUCAUGAGGUGUGACUAAAAUAAGCUUUUACUUUGAAGGUGUGCCAGGAAGCAGCCGUGCGGAUGGACUCAGGUUGACUAUAGGUUAUGUUUCAGACUGGCAGAGGCGGCUGUUGUUGGGAUAUGAUUUCGUUUUUCUUUCUUAACCUUCUGGACUGUGGAAACAUGUGACCUCUGUGGGUUGGUCCCGCUUUAAGGGGAUCUUUUGGUUAAACCCGGUUCUGUUUGAGUGUCUGUGCGCGGCGUUGUUCUGGUGGACCUUCAGACAGUUUAAUCCUCCAGGUUGCCAUGAUGUGACUGAAAUCAGCUGUUAAAGAAGAUCAUGUUGGAGUGUGAUCAGACUCUCUUUCUGCUGCUAUCUGAGCGCUGCAGAAUCCACACUCUGCCUCUUAUUUACCUGCUGGUUCAGCUCCCUUUGGCUCUUGGGUCCCUGCCUGCACCAGUUAACCUUAACGUCAAAUCUCUGAACCUCCAUCAUGUCCUCCACUGGGAGCCGGGGCCCGGCAGCCCCCCAGGGACGCAGUUCUGGAUCUUUAAGGGGGUUCUUGGCAGAAACCUGAAACCGGUUCGAAGACCAACAACAUCAACGUCCUCUAAGCUGAAACUGCAAAUCAUGGAUAAAUACGAGCUGGCUGUCCAGGCGUCCUACAAUAACACCCGGUCUCCUCUUUCUGACAAGAUCACCUUUGAACCCCUGUGCAGCACUAUAGGUCCUCCACUGCUUUCACUGGCUGGAUGCGGAUCGUGUAUCCAGAUAAACAUUUCACUGCCGGAUGAAAUCCAGAGGCAGUAUGACAGCAGCUACAGAGUGCAGUGGAGAAAAGGAAAAGAUGGAGAAAUACUGGAGCUGGAAAAACGUGAGAAGAGCUUUUAUCUCGAGAACCUGGAGAAAGAUGUGGAGUACUGCGUGCAGGUGGACAUCAAAACUCGUGUAAACAAGAACACCCUGCCGUCUGGGUGGAACUGCAGCUUCACCAGCAUUCCAGAACCAAAAACUGGAAUGUUGGUUUUAGUCAUCGUAACAGCUCUUUUGAUUUUUUUGCUGAUUGUCCUGACAAUGGGAAUCUUCUGCCUGCACUACACCGGAUUCCUGUGUAAGCUGAAGGAAAUGCCCACAGCCCUCAUGUUCAUUUUGUGCCCAGACUACGUCUUAACCCCAAACAACAUGGUCUUGAACCAGGUCACCAUCAUCUCCCAACCAGUAAAAUCUAGGAACUGUCCAAUAAUGUCUCAUCCUUCCAACGGGGCAUCUAACUCAGAGGACGAAGAUGGUGAAGAGGAAGAUGCAGCAAAUUUGUACAUGGACAGAAAUGCAGAACUUUCUUCAGGUAGAGGUUCCCACCAGGACUCUGCUAAUGCUAGUGUGAACCCGGGCGAGGAUGUGAGGAUGGAUUCUGGUAGUUUCACGGAGAAGCAGCCUGCAGUGUUGGAGGAACAGCAGGUGGAGUCAGGUCAUUGUGAGGCCAAAGCAGUGCAGGAUUCCUUCAUGCACGAUGGAAAUCAAUCUGGACCUCAGGUACGAGUGAUGGUUCAAGAGGAGGAAAUGAAGACAGGGACUCAGGACGUCUCUGGGGAUGUCAACCUAUUCUCGGUCACCUUCGCCUCAAUGGCCACAUGUGAUGAAGGUGAGAUAGAAGAGGAGGAUGACUCAGAAAACUCUUCCACAAACUUCCUAAGAAUAUACACCCUGAAACCUCUGAGCCAGAUGGAUUCUCAGUGUGAACAGGAUGAUCCGGUAUCUGCACCAUUAAGGCAUGCCUCAGAGGAGAACUUCACAGAGUCUGGAUAUGAUGGCAAAUGUGCAGACUCCUGGAUGGAUUGCAAGGAGGAGGAGGAAUUAUCUGAGUAUCUGACACACAAAUAAAACAUCUGUGGUACUGUAUGUUGUAACAGUAGCAGAUCUGAAGGUUCGUUUCUGUUUCUACAACUUUGUCUGUGAACCAAAGCACUGGACGAAGGUCUGCAGUCAUUUCUUUUCCUUUGUGUGCUUUCAAACUGACGAAGUCCACAGUAUGAUGUCUGAAAUAGUUAUCCAAAACAUGGAUGGUAGUUUGUGGUCUCUGUAAGGUCUUUAUGUGUGUACUGAAAAAGCAGUGGUCUCUCUUGUAAAUGUGAGUUUUUAAGCAUUAACAAAACUUCCCUAGAGAGAGUAACAGGGUCCUCAAUCAGUGUAAACUGAGGUUAUUUUCCUCUGAGGAGGCUUUCAUCUAACAGGUGCAUGUUAAGAUAGAGGUCUUUGAAUUCACAUUUAGUCAGCCAACAGCUGCGCAUUCAUAUUUACUCUGUUAACUCCUGCUCUCUUACUGCAAGCCAUCUGUACCUAAGAGUCAGGAAAAUCAGCUGGAAUCCCACCUAUGUCAGUGUUGAAAUCCAAUAUGGCGACCAGGAAGAUAAACAAAUGAUAGCUGCAAACAUCUUGUUUACAUCCAGCAUCAGAAGGUGCACAAAGUUUACUAAACUCUUCAUGGGCUUGGAGGUUCACCUGGAGAAUGAUGCUGAUCAAACAGCCUCAUAUAGCUUAAUUUUAGGUAGUAACUCAGUUGAGAAACAGGUUUACAAUGAGCUAAAAUAACUUCUUGCCUCGGUAAGAAAGAUGCUGACAUCUGAUCUAUUAGAAUUUCUCCUUUUUUUUUUCAACCUCACUUCAACAAGUGUUCAGUCUAUUACGGGUAACACACUGACUUCCGUUAACUACCACACAGAACCCCAAUACAAAAACCAACCAUCCCAAUAAGGUGGUUGUGACGUGGUCCUCAGGUCUGUGUUCUGAUCUAUGAGGAAAGGUAAUUUUACAGACAUCUACCAUAAAUACCAUUAAACUACUCUUCAUAGGAGCAUUAUCUAAAGUGAGUUUGUCAGAUUCUAUGCUGAUGAUACAUUUGUGCAAACACAUAAUCCAGCCGUAACGGAUCCAAUGUGGAUUUCGGAUGGGCAUCAGUGCUCCAAGUUUUAUCAGUGUCUGUAUUUCCUGUCCUUCAUUUCAUGUUUUUGUUCAUAUUUCAUGUUUUAGGAUCAGCUAGUUUAUGUUGUGACCAAAUAAACCUGCUUAGUGCCUCAGAAAUAAGACAAAUGUUUAUCUGCUUCACCUGUUUUACAGGUGAAAAUGUGCUAAGAUGCAAAAUUAAAAAUCUGUGAAAGUUUUCA